UGGCUUGAUAAGUUGAAGAGGAUAGUAGGAUACCGAAAAACUCGUUUUGAAACUGCGUUACCAAAGAAAUUGUUGAAACCAUGUUCAUUUUCAUGAUGUUUAUCGUAAACUAAGUCAUUGUUUGUCCCCAGUUCAUGUUUACCGUAAUACAUAAUAUGGAAAGCUCUAGAUCAGAAAUGAAUAGUGACAGGAGAAGCUCUAUUCUUGUGAGCAAUUUGUGUUUAUUCACUGAUUAUGAUACUGUGGAAAAAUACUUCGGUCAGUUUGGGACUGUGAAAGAAGUAGCCUUCAUUCAUGCUGACGACCUCACGUAUACAAGAAGCUGUGAGGUGGCUAUGCAAUCAACCGACUCAGUUACAAAUAUUCUGGCAACGCCUCGCCAUGUCAUCGAUGAACGUGAGGUGACCGUUGAGCCUUAUCUUGGUAGGGAGGCACACGAAUGGCUAUUUCUCGAGGGAGAGUAUAAACUUAUACUAAAGGAGCUUGACGUUUCCCAACAUGAAUCUGUUCUGUAUAAGAAACUCGAGAAGGCCUUUGCCAACUGUGGACGGUAUUCAGAGAUACACUUGAUGAAAACUCCCAAGAGGGGCCUUUCAGGGGUGGCUCAGAUUGAUUUUAUCAACAAAGAAGACAUACCCAAAGCUUUGAAGAUAGCCCAUGAAGAGUUGAAUUCAGGACACCAAAUGUUGUUUUAUGCUGUUGUGGGUGGAAAGUGUGACAAAACUGAAAAAUCCAAGACAUACAAGUGUUAGAUGGUAAUCAACACUGACAGAUUUGAAUUUGAA